AUGCCCAAGGUCAAGUGCUACUCGGCCGCUUGGCUGUCCAAGAAUGCACCCGGCCAUCAGCUUUUUGAGCCCUCUCCCGAGGUCGCCCGCGGCCGUAGCCUCGCGUCGCCGUAUGCUACCAAGAAGAAAUUGGUUCCUCAGGGCCCGAGACGGACGAUUGCGCGACGCGGCACCGAGGUCUUCGUGGCCGUGGGCAAGGAGAUCCGAUGGGGAGACUUGGCCUACCUCAAGGACAGGUGGGCAGACAGCCAGGCUAGGGAGCGUCGUGGCUCGAGCUCCCGUAUCAAGCGCGAGGACUCUACCGUGAAUCUCGAGGAUAUCCCAGAGUUUGAAGCUGGCGGCGGCCUCAGAACGAUCAAGGUCCCGGUCGCCGACGAUAUACGACAGCUUAUCAUCUCCCCCAAUACCAACCUCCUCGCCAUCCUCACCACGCACACCAUUCACAUCUGCACGAUACCCGACUCGACGCAUCUCACGAGCGAGGAUACAGCCCCGCUGAAGCCCAAGAUCUUUACCCUUGGCCCGACCACCCAUGUCACGUCGCGGUCGCCCAUCAUGUCGGCGCUCUGGCAUCCGCUUGGAGUUAACGGCUCCUGCGUUGUCACCGUCACGGCCGACGCGAUUGUUAGAGUUUGGGAGCUGUCCACAGCUGACCGCUGGUCCUUUGAUACCCCCACAACCUCCAUCGACCUCAAGAAGCUGGCAGACGGCACGACGCUGGACCAGGAUUUCUCCGCUUCGACUUCGGCCACAAACAAGGCCUUCUCCCCUGAUUCCUUUGAAAUGGAAGUCGCGACAGCAAGCUUCGCAAGCAAGGGAACUGGAGGCUGGAACCCAAUGACCCUGUGGGUGGCCAUGCGCGAAGGAGACGUGUACGCUCUGUGCCCGCUGCUGCCCCAGCGCUGGGCCCCUCCUCCUACGCUGAUCCCUUCGCUUUCCGUCUCCAUCGUGGCUACGGUCGGCAGCAUCGAGGACGAUGCGUCGGUCGACGAAAGCGAAAAGCUGCUGGCCCAGCAACAGUUGCAGUGGAUGGGUGAUUUGGAUUCGCAAGAGCCGCAAAUUGUCGAUAGCACAAUCCUGGGAGACCCUCCCGUCGAAGUCUAUACCCGCCCUUCUCGACCCGGUAUUAUUCCUCGACUUCAGGGACCGUUCGACCUCAUCUCUGAUCCCGAGACCGGUGACGAACUGGACACGUCUGUCACCGACAUCAUGGUCAUUGGCAAAAAGACGGAAACAGACGAUUUGAUGCUAGGGGAAGACGAGUACGAGCUAGAUCUCGAUGCCGGCGAUCAAGAAGGCCUCUCACUGGCAGUCAUUUGCCUGCUGUCCACGAGUGGCCAGGUGCGCGUCUACCUGGACAUGGACGGCAUUCAAGCGCAGUGGCUACCUCCCAAGAAUAAAUCCAAGAGUAGCAGACUAACCGCGGAAGCCAAGACGCCGUCACUCCUUGCGUUCCAGGCCAUCGACACCAUGACACCUGUCGAAGUAACGGAAGAGAGCUGGCCGGUCUUCAGCGAUGAUGCACUCUCACGGUACAGCUUCUUUGUGACGCACCAUGCAGGCAUCACGUUCGUGUCUCUCGCAUCGUGGAUCUUUCGUCUUGAGGGGGAGCUGUCAGGGGACUACGAAGCUGGCACAGACUUUAGACUCGGGCUGCUGGUCAAUUCUCAGUCUAGCAGAGAGCGAAUUUACGCGCAACCCGCCUCAGAUGCUGCGGUGCCGCUCGCAGGCUGCGUUGCUCUGAGAGACCCAGACGUUGGCUACUUCCUCCUCUCAGCCACCCCUUAUGAGCCCAUCGCCGUCAUUUUCGAAAGCCCCGAGAUGGAAGUCAUUCCUGUUGACCGAGAGGUCAGCCCGGAGCGUGAACGUGAGGCUAGCAUGGCGCCUCUCGACUUCUAUGAGCCUCGCCCCGUCUACAACCCGCCACACGCGUUUGAUCAGGGAUCGGCCCUCCCGCUACUGCUGGAAAGAUUACGCACGUCGCGUCACAAGACUAUAGUUACUCAGGAGGUUAAACUAAGCCCCUUGACGUUGCAAAUCUUUACGGAUGCUCACAAGGUCCUGAGCGACGAGACAUACAAGCUUGGUGUGUCUGCGGCUGAGAUUUUCCGACGGUGCGAGCUCCUGCAGAGCGAGCUGAAGCAGCAAGUAACCAAGGCCAACGAGGUCAAGGGCAAGAUUGACGCCAUCAAUGGGGUUGACCGCGACGACGAGAGCGACAACGUCAUGUAUGAGCGGCGCAUCUCGGAAGCCCGCAAGCGCCAAGAGGCGAUUGUGCAGCGCGUGGAGAAUCUGCGCAAGAUUGUGGGCAAGGCUACGACGCGGGACCUGAGCAACAAGGAGCGGGCCUUUAUGGAAGAAGUGCGCACCCUGAGCGCGAGCGUCUCGGGCCCUGAAGCGACGGAGGAGGAGGGGCGCGACGUUAAGAAGCAGGCUCAGGAACUGUGGAAGCGCCUGGACAGCGUCAAGCGGCUGCAGUCUGAGCUCGUGGCCGACGUGGAGGCGCUCAAGAAGAGCGGGCAGAUGGAGACGACGACGUCUGCUUCGUCGUCGUCGGCAACGGAACUGCGGAUUCCGCAGGACAUUCGGCGUAGCAAGCUGCAGCAGGUGCAGGGCUUGCUGUCGCGCGAGACGGCACUGGUGGAUGCGGUGACGUCGCGGCUGGAGAGGCUGCAGGCGACGGUAUAG